CACGUUUUGGACAUGCGGAUCCCCGACUGCCAUGGCUCAUGGCCAGCAUGUGGUUGAAGGAGAGGUCUUUUGCCGGGCUGAUAUAACUUCGAUGGAAACAGAUACCUUACUUCCCGCAUUCGCAAAUCCAUACUUCACUUUGUCCCUUGACACCCGUUUCAUAUCCGUAUUGUCGAAAACGCAGCCAGCAGAGAUCCAAAGAUGUCGCACUCAAUGUCCAUGGGAGGAGGCAACUCGACAGAAUGCAAGAUUUCUAUGUUAUGGAACUGGUACACGAUUGAUGCAUGCUUCCUUGCAUCUUCAUGGCACAUCAAGACCAAAGGCAUGUUCGCCGCCUCCUGCAUCGGAGUCGCCCUCCUGGUAGUGUGUCUCGAGUUUCUACGACGAAUCGGCAAAGAGUACGACUCCUACAUUCUCCGUCAGUUCCAUCGACGAGCAGCCAGCCUCCGAUACCGACCCCGUGUAUCGUACGUUGCACCCAAGUUCGACGACGAACGCAAUUCCAGUGGUUGUGGUCCGGAUGCUUCUUGUGCUCCUCCCCUUCCUGAGCAACAAUUCAUCACUUUCCGUGCGACGCCGGCACAGCAGAUCACAAGAGGUGCCAUCCAUGCUGCAACUUUUGGCGUCGGAUACAUAGUCAUGUUGUUGGCCAUGUACUUCAACGGGUACAUCAUCAUUUCGAUCAUCGUUGGAGCCUUCUUGGGCAAGGUGUUGUGCGACUGGAUGGUUGUGAAACUGCCACUGGUGACGGAGCAAAGUUUCGACGAGUCGCGAGAUGAAGCACCUGGUAUUUCAGAGGCUACUGUCUGCUGUGGAUGA